AUGUGUCCUCAGAGUUAUAAUCGGUCGUAUACAUUACGCGACCUACUACAAAAAUUUGAAUUUAUUAGAAACCUUGACUCUAACCCAGAAACGAAGAUAGUAUCUUUACUAGGGACUAUUGACUCAAGGGAUGCAAUUUUAACUGCUGAAAAGACACAUUUUAUUCAUAAUGAUACUAUUAGAAGGCAGUCCAUACAUCCUCCUCUUAUGACCAUAAACAGUUAUAAAGACCCUAAAAAAGAAUGCCAUUUUUUUAAGACCAACGAUAAUAAAGUCAAACCAGUCUCUGAUGAUGAAUUAGGAAUGAGGGACCCAUGUGCUAGUGAGUUUUCUUUUGUGAAAGGUGUCGUUGAAUUGAAGGAACUGACAUCUAAUGAUAACUUCCAUUGGGCUCUAGCUGUAUUGAGGGAGCACAUAGAUGAAAAUCCAACAGCCAAGAUUAGUGUAAUAUGGCCUGCUACUGAUGUUCAUAUAAGACGGUAUGAUCAACAGAAGUUACAUAUAGUCAAGGAAACUCCAGAAAUGUAUCAGAAAAUCGUUAAACCAUUUAUAAAUGAGAUGUCCACUUUUAAAAAGCUGGAAUGGGUUUACAAAAUCCUGUAUGAAAAUUCUGAACAAGGAAGGAUUAUAUACAAGCAUUACAAUGAGCUUAAUGCAAAUGAUGGUUUUAUUUUAUUACCAGAUACAAGAUGGGAUGGAGAGACCUUAGAGUCACUGUAUCUGGUUGCACUUAUGUAUAGGAACGACAUUAAGUCCAUUAGAGAUUUCCGACCUCAGCACAAGGAUUGGUUAAUUAAAAUCAAUAGUUUAUUAAAAUCUGUUAUCCCACCAUGUUACAACUACGCAAUUAGGGCGGAUGAGUUGCGUAUUUUUAUCCACUACCAGCCCUCCUAUUAUCAUUUACAUGUUCAUGUUGUACAUAUCAAACACCCGGGUCUUAGUGGUGGGUUACAUGACGGGAAAGCCAUACAGAUUGAUGAUGCUAUAGAGUAUUUAGACUUUUUAGGUUCUGAUGGAUGGAAUGCUGCUUCAAUUACGUAUACCAUAGGGGAGAAUCAUCCUCUAUGGGGAAGAGGACUAAAAGAUGAGGUUCAAAAGCAACUUAAAGAGGUUAAUAUUAAUGAACCUCCUAAGGUAAUUAAUAGUAUCAAACUACCAAAUUGA